AUGGCGUGCGGCGGCAGGGGCGGCACGGGGUGGUCCUCGCUGCCGGCGGACCUGCUGCUCACAGUAUUCGCCCUCCUCCCCUCCGACGUCGACCGCAUCCGCUUCCGCGCCGUCUGCGCGGGCUGGGGCGCCGCCGCCGCCGCGUGGCGCCCGCGCCCCUGGCUCGUCGGAUCCCGCACCGAUCGCUCCGGCCGGGGCGCCGGCGCCAUGUCGUCGUUCUGGCUCUCCCCCAGCGGUGGCCUCCUGCCCUUCGCCGCCAACGUGCCACCGGGGCUGGAGUACCUCUCCUCCUCGUCCCACGGCUACCUCGCGCUCUCGGACCCGAGGAUUAGCCCCAAGGCCAUCCUCCUCCUCAACCCCUUCACCGGCAGGCGCGUCCACCUCCCGCCCAUCGGCUUCUUCCGCAAGUGGCUCGACUUGACCACCGUCGUGCUGUCGGGCGACCCCGCCACGGCCGCCGAGUGGGCCGCGGUGGCCGUCGGGUUCCCGACCACCUGCCUCGCCUACUACAGCUCCGCCACCGGGGCGUGGGCGCGGCUCGACUUCCGCGUGCCCGGCUACGCCGGCGUCGAGCACUACGAGGGGCGGUUCUACGUGGCCUUCAAGUCCCGGAUCUGCAUCUGCGAGGUCGACGGGGACGCGCCCGCGGUCAUCCCGCUCGAGCACGUCGUCGACGCGGACGGCGACGCCUCGGACGACGACGACGACGACGACGACAAGCUCCCUGGCGUCGGGAGGCGCGUCGUGGACACGCACCUGGUUGAGUGCGGCGGCCAGUUGCUCCUCGUCUCGGUGCAGGACGACGUCGUGUACAACUCGGACGACGACAUCGUCGACAUGGCGGGCCUCGCCGUGGACGACGGGGGCAACAAGGGCCAGGACGCGCGUGCGGUGGAGGUGCACAGGGUGGAGUGGCUCGGGGAUGGCGCGGUGCGGCUGGUGCGCGUGCUGGACAUCGGCUGGAACAAUCUGUUCCUGGGGCGGAAUCGCGCGUUCGCGCUCUCCGGGGCGGAGUUCCCCUGCUGCCGCGCCAACUGCAUCUACCUCGUCGACCGGCAGGGCCACCCGGACGGGGUCGUCAGGGUGCUGGGCAUGGACAGCCAGUGGCGGCGCCACGAGGAGACCAUCUGCCCCGACGACGGAUCCUCUUCGGCCGGGUGGGCUCGCCGUGGCUGGUUCCUCCCCAGCUACUAG